GAAAGAGCUCAGUUCGUUUUCAGAGAUGUACGCUUAAAGUAGAGAUUUAAGUGAAAAGAAUCAUUGUGUACUCACUAAGCGAACAAAGGAAGAAAUGGAACUGGCUCUUAGGCGUUCGACUACUGGUUUCCUGUGUCUUCUACUGGUGAUCCUAGAAGGACACAAAGUCAAGACGGACAUUGCCGGCUGCCAUUUCUACGACACCGUCAACCUCACUUCCAGCCAGAAAUUCGAAAACGGAUCUUACUUCUACCAGGGAGUGGAAAUCACCCCCAACCGGACCGGGGAAUAUAGCCACGUUCUGCUGCCCGAUGGCGACCGGGAGUCCGUGAAGAGCCAUUGGCGAGGAUGUGUCUGCCAGCUGAAGACCUGCAUCCGGUUGUGCUGCCCCCCCAACCAGUACAUGACCCCGGAUAACGUAUGCGUAGAUGGCCUGGAGGAGGAGACGUGGUCAGACCACUACGUGGAUAUCACCAGCGAGAACGACACGAAAAGCCUGGACUUUCACAAGGACUUCGUCCAUCAGGGACAUCUACCUCAGCCCUGUUCAGAUCUGUACAAUCUAUACAAGAAUGAGGGCAUACUCUUUGAGAAUGGGACAUUCCUGCGGCACUACGACAACAAGCACCUUACCAAGCAGGAGUACUGCAUCCAGCCCCUGAAGUUCAACGAUUCCAUUCAAAUCCUGCCCUUCAACUGCGCCAUAAAGAGCGGUCCCGAUUGGGGAAAGACAGUGGCGAUCAGCACGUCCAUAGUCGGCAUUGUUGUCACCAUCGCGGUUUUCUGUCUGACAGAAAAGCUGAGAAACUUCGACAGCAUAUGCCUUAUUAGCUACAUGGUGUGCCUGGGCUUAGGAAGUCUCAUGCAGCUCCUGGAUUCAUGGCAAAUACCAACUUCCACACUGUGUGAACCCACAGGCUACCUCGGCUACUUCUUCAUAAUGGCCGCCUUCUGCUGGCUUUCCGUGAUCAGUUGGUAUGCGGGAAAGCGCUUUGCAAAAAAACAGACCAACGUAAUAAGAAUUACGAAUCCUGGCAAGAAGUACUUGGUCAACAGCGGCUAUGCCUUGGGCAUGCCUGCUCUCCUGACAAUUGCCGUCGUCCUGUUGGAUUAUUUUUUGGACAAGGAUGAGUACGAGGCGUGGAUGCCGGGAGUGGGGAUCUUCAACUGUUGGAUCAAGACCCAGGACUGGAGCGCCAUGAUCUACCUCUAUGGACCGAUUCUGAUUGUGAUCACAUACAACAUGACCGUUUUCGUCAAGGCGGCCACGAAUAUUGUGACGAUCAAAAUGAACACCAUGAAAAGUUGUAGGUCGGAGGAGUCGCACGCCUCGAGGGGAGUCUAUUCUGAAAUGCAAAUAUUCAUGAUCUGCGUUAAGCUCUUCUUGAUUAUGGGGGUGUCGUGGAGCCUGGUGAUUAUAUCCUACUUGGUGGAGAACGACGACUUGUGGCGUACUAUUUUCCUGCCCAGCGACUUAAUCAACCACUCCCAAGGAACUAUAAUCUUAGUGGUGGUCGUGUUGCCAGCAAUCCUGAAGAGUAAAUCAAAGAAAGCGGCGGAGUCCAGAAGUGUCGCCAGCAGAGUACCUCUGACUAGGACUUCUGAUUCAACAUCAGCCUGAGAAUAGUAAGAAAAUGAUCGUAUAAAAAGUUUCCAUGGAGGUUUCUGACUCAGCUUCUGGAGAAAAAGCCUCACCCUUGAACUGAAACCCGAGCUUAUCAGCACAUAAGUUCAUUUUAUUUACAUGACAUACACUUCACAUAAUUAUAUUCAUAUUGUAAAAAAUAAAUAUUAAUCAUAACAAUCAAUUGCUUCUGUAAGCUAAGUAAUUAUUUAUUAAAACCGAAUAAUUACAAGAAA